UGCCUCCGGGGGACCCAGCUCCUGCGCGCCCCGGCCCCGCGUCCCUGCGGGGCGGAGCUAGCACUGGCCCCGCCCCUCCGUCCCACGGGCUACGGCCAGCGCGCCCCCGGCCCAACUGCGGCGCGUGACGCGGGGCGCGCGGCUCCGGCGGCCACCGUGGGCGGGCGCAGACUGCCGGGACGACCGGGAGCGGGCGGCAUGGCGGCGGCGGGGACCGCGGCGGGUCCGGCGGGGCCUGAGCCCAUGCCUAGCUACGCGCAGCUGGUGCAGCGCGGCUGGGGCAGUGCGCUGGCGGCUGCGCGGGGCUGCGCGGACUGCGGCUGGGGGCUGGCGCGCCGCGGCCUGGCCGAGCACGCGCACCUGGCGCCUCCUGAGCUGCUGCUGCUGGCGCUCUGCGCACUCGGCUGGACCGCGCUGCGCUCGGCGGCCACUUCGCGCCUCUUUCGGCCCCUAGCCAAGCGGUGCCGCCUCCAGCCUAGAGAUGCCGCCAAGAUGCCUGAGAGCGCCUGGAAGUUUCUCUUCUACCUGGGCGCCUGGAGCUACAGCACCUACCUGCUCUUCGGCACUGACUACCCCUUCUUUCACGACCCACCCUCCGUCUUCUAUGACUGGAAGACAGGCAUGGCGGUACCACGGGACAUCGCAGUUGCCUACCUACUACAGGGAAGCUUCUACGGCCAUUCCAUCUACGCCACGCUGUACCUGGAUACCUGGCGCAAGGACUCAGUGGUCAUGCUCAUCCACCAUGUGGUCACCUUGGUCCUCAUCAUCUCGUCCUAUGCCUUCCGGUACCACAAGGUGGGCAUCCUUGUGCUCUUCCUGCAUGACAUCAGUGACGUACAGCUGGAGUUCACCAAGCUCAAUGUCUACUUCAAGUCCCGCGGGGGAUCCCACCACCGGCUUCACGCCCUGGCUGCAGACCUGGGUUGCCUCAGCUUCAGCCUCAGCUGGUUCUGGUUCCGCCUCUACUGGUUCCCGCUCAAGGUCCUGUAUGCCACGAGCUACUGCAGCCUGCGGUCGGUGCCUGACAUCCCCUUCUACUUCUUCUUCAACGCACUCCUGCUGUUGCUCACGCUCAUGAACCUCUAUUGGUUCCUGUACAUCGUGGCUUUUGCUGCCAAGGUGCUGACGGGCCAGGUGCGCGAGCUGAAGGAUGUGCGGGAAUAUGACACAGCAGAGGCCCUGAGCCCGAAGCCCAGCAAAGCUGAGAAGCCGCUGAGGAAUGGACUGGUUAAGGACAAGCGCUUCUGAACCCCUCGACCCCGGCCCCGCCGCCCAGGACCCAGCCCCACCCAACCUCGCCCUCGGGGACCAGCCACGCGGCUCCCCCAUUCGCCCCCUGUACCCUG